AGCUGUUACACACACAGUUCGCAGACAUGGCAGAGGCUAGUGGCCAUCGCCCUCUCUUCUCCACCCAGUCGGCCAGCGGAAGGACUGUUUACAAGCUCUUCGCCAGCUCCAUGCUCGUAAGCAUUUGCCUGGUUUUAAUCUACAGAGUGAGUCACGCACCCGAAGCAGGAGAAAGCGGACGGUGGGCAUGGUUUGGGAUGCUCGCGGCGGAGCUCUGGUUCAGCUUCUACUGGAUUAUCACUCAGUCCGUGCGCUGGUACCCGGUCUACCGCACCACCUUCAAGGACAGGCUCUCGCAGUUAGAGGAAGCGGAAUUGCCCUGCGUGGACAUCUUCGUGUGCACCGCCGACCCGGUCGCGGAGCCGCCGGCGAUGGUAGUCUCCACCGUGCUGUCUCUGAUGGCGUACGACUACCCGCCCGAGAAGCUGAGCGUGUACCUCUCAGACGACAGCGGGUCGGAGUUGACGUUCUACGCCACUUGUGAGGCCGCGCAGUUCGCGAAGCGUUGGCUUCCGUUCUGUCGGAGACACCGGGUAGAGCCGAGAUCGCCGGCGGCGUAUUUUGCAGGAUCCGCUGGGGCUUCUGACGACAAGGAACACUCGGACAUGAAGAAUCUAUUCAGAGAAAUGGAAAGUCGAAUAGAUGCAGUAUCAAUUCUUGGAAAAGUACCAAAAGAACAAAAAACACACAAAGGAUUCUCGGAAUGGACCUCAGAGAUGACAUCCAAGAAUCAUCAACCUAUCGUUCAGAUUUUAAUUGAUAGCAGAGAGGAAACCUCAGUCGACAUCGAUGGAAUUGUGCUACCCACCCUGGUGUACAUGGCACGGGAGAAGAGACCGCAGCACCAUCACAAUUUCAAAGCCGGCGCCAUGAAUGCUCUGGUAACAACUCAAAACCUUCGAACAAGCAAAACCACAGAAUUGAUCAUUUUGAUGAUUUCAACUCUUGUAUCUACUCAGUUAAGGGUGUCCUCAGUGAUAAGCAACAGUCCGAUCAUCCUCAACGCCGACUGCGACAUGUAUUCAAACAAUUCGCAGUCGAUCCGAGACGCCCUUUGCUUCGUCAUGGAUGAACAGCAAGGCCAUGAUGUAGCCUUUGUGCAAUUUCCUCAGUGCUAUGAAAAUAUCACCAAGAACGACUUGUAUGCCAAUGCCUUGAAAGUCCUCUCUGGGGUGGAAUUUAUUGGGCUGGAUGGCUUGGGAGGACCUCUGUACAUUGGAACUGGUUGCUUCCAUAGAAGAAAUGCUCUCUGUGGAACCAAGUACACUACGGAGUACAAGGAAGACUGGAAAAGAAGAACAAAGAUGGAGAACAGAGAAACUGUCUCGAUCCUGGAAGACAGAGCAAAGUCGCUCGCCACUUGCAUCUAUGAACUCAACACACAAUGGGGCAAAGAGAUAGGAUUGGCGUAUGGAUGCGUGGUGGAGGACGUUAUCACAGGACUAAUGAUUCAGUGCAGGGGCUGGCGAUCCGUCUACUUUAAUCCCGAGAGAAAAGGCUUCUUAGGAGUUGCACCCACGACGUUACCACAGACACUGGUGCAGCACAAAAGAUGGAGCGAGGGUGAUCUCCAAAUCGUCCUCUCCAAGUACUGCCCUCUGUUCUACGGCCAUGGGAAGCUCAAGCUCGGACAUCGAAUUGGCUACUGCAUCUACUGUCUGUGGGCUCCCAACUCCAUCCCCACUCUGUUCUAUCUCACAAUCCCGUCUCUGUUCCUCCUCAAAGGCGUCUCGUUGUUCCCGGAGGCAUCCAGUCCAUGGUUCGUUUCCUUCGCCUACGUCGCCGCGGCUAAAAAUGCCUACAGUCUUGUUGAAUCCUUGAUCAGCGGCGAUACGUUGGUGGGGUGGUGGAACAUCCAGAGGAUGUGGAUGCUGAAGAGGACGACUUCAUACCUCUUCGCCACCAUCGAUAACAUGCUGGCGCUGGUGGGGGCUUCCAAGGCGGGGUUCGUGAUCACGGCGAAGGUGGCCGAGGCUGACGACAGUGCGAAGAGGUACGAGCGGGAGGUGAUGGAGUUCGGAACGACGGCGUCGGCGGGGGUGAUGUUUGUGAUAAUUGGGACGACGGCGUUGAUCAAUCUGGCGUGCUUGGUUGUUGGAUUGCAGAGGGCAGUUGCGGAUCAGGCGUUUGGAGGGCUCUUGAUGCAGAAUGUAAUAUGUGGGUUGGUGGUGGCGUUGAAUCUGCCGAUCUACGAGGCGAUGUUCUUGAGGAAGGAUGAGGGGAGGAUGUCGUCAUCAACAGUGUUUGCUUCUGCGGGAUUGACUGUGUUAGCUUGUGCUCUGCCGGUGCUGUAGUUUUUUUUUUUAUUUUCCUUUUGUUCGCACAAUUCAAAUUUUUUUUAUCAAAAAUGAUGCUGAACUGAAUUAUCUAA